AUGGCUUCCAAUGGUGAUAUCUCUUUGGAGCAGAUCAAGAACGAGACUGUUGAUCUUGAGAGAAUCCCUGUGGAGGAGGUUUUUCAGCAGCUGAAAUGUACAAGAGAGGGUUUGACAUCAGAAGAAGGAGAGAAAAGGCUCCAAAUCUUUGGCCCUAACAAGCUUGAAGAGAAAGAAGAGAGCAAAUUUCUUAAGUUCUUGGGCUUUAUGUGGAAUCCUCUGUCUUGGGUGAUGGAGGCUGCUGCUAUUAUGGCCAUUGUUUUGGCCAAUGGAGGUGGCAAGCCUCCAGACUGGCCUGACUUUAUCGGUAUCGUUUCCUUGCUUUUCAUCAAUUCAACCAUCAGUUUCAUCGAGGAAAAUAAUGCCGGCAAUGCCGCAGCUGCUUUGAUGGCUGGUCUUGCACCCAAAACCAAGGUGUUGAGAGAUGGCAAAUGGGGUGAGCAAGAAGCUGCAACUCUGGUACCAGGAGAUGUAAUUAAUGUUAAGUUGGGAGACAUCAUCCCGGCGGAUGCUCGUCUUUUGGAAGGCGAUGCACUCAAGAUCGAUCAAUCGGCCCUAACUGGUGAGUCCCUGCCUGUUACCAAGAAUCCAGGUGAUGAGGUCUUCUCGGGAUCCACCUGCAAACAAGGUGAGAUCGAGGCUGUUGUCAUUGCCACUGGUGUCCAUACCUUCUUUGGCAAGGCUGCUCACCUUGUUGACAACACCGACAAUGUUGGUCACUUCCAAAAGGUAUUGGCAGCCAUUGGUAACUUCUGCAUCUGCUCGAUUGCUGUGGGAAUGCUCAUUGAGAUCCUGGUGAUGUACCCAAUCCAGCACAGGAGAUACAGAGACGGUAUUGACAACCUUUUGGUGCUUCUCAUCGGAGGAAUUCCAAUAGCCAUGCCCACAGUCUUGUCUGUGACAAUGGCUAUUGGGUCUCACAGCUUGUCACAACAAGGAGCCAUCACCAAGAGGAUGACUGCCAUUGAAGAAAUGGCAGGGAUGGAUGUUUUGUGCAGCGAUAAGACCGGGACUCUCACCCUCAACAAGCUAACAGUAGACAAGAGUCUCAUUGAGGUGUUUGUAAGUGACAUGGAUGCAGACGCCCUUGUACUGAUUGCUGCAAGGGCUUCCAGGGUUGAAAACCAGGAUGCCAUUGAUGCUUCGAUUGUAGGGAUGUUGGGAGACCCCAAAGAGGCAAGGGCCGGAAUCACCGAGGUACACUUCUUACCAUUCAAUCCCGUGGAUAAGCGCACAGCUAUCACCUACAUUGACAGAAAUGGUGAGUGGCAUCGUUGUAGCAAGGGUGCUCCUGAGCAGAUAAUUGAGCUAUGUGAGCUCACCGGUGGCUUGAGGCAAAAGGCGCAUCAUGUCAUUGACAGUUUUGCUGGCCGUGGCCUUCGGUCCUUGGGAGUUGCUAGACAGACAAUUCCAGAGAAAAAAAAGGAGUGUGCUGGAGGACCAUGGGAGUUCGUGGGCCUUUUGCCUCUUUUUGAUCCCCCAAGGCACGAUAGUGCCGAGACUAUUCGACAGGCUCUUGACCUUGGUGUCAAUGUUAAGAUGAUCACAGGUGACCAGCUUGCCAUCGGAAAAGAGACGAGUCGCAGACUUGGAAUGGGGACGAACAUGUAUCCUUCUUCCUCCCUCCUUGGCCAGUGUAAGGAUGAGGCUAUUGCUACCAUUCCCGUCGAUGAGCUCAUUGAGACAGCUGAUGGAUUUGCCGGAGUCUUCCCUGGUAAUUGAAUAAUCAUCUUAAGUCUAAAAAAUAAAAAGAACCAACUAUAUUCAUAGUAGAUUUAAUGUUUUUGUAAGGUCAAUUACUUAAUUACUUACAAUUUGUUGUGUGCAGAGCACAAGUACGAGAUUGUUAAAAGGCUCCAAGAAUUGAAGCACAUAUGUGGCAUGACAGGAGAUGGUGUCAACGAUGCCCCAGCACUUAAGAAGGCGGAUAUCGGUAUUGCAGUGGCUGAUGCAACUGAUGCUGCGAGGAGUGCCUCGGACAUAGUCUUGACCGAGCCAGGAUUGAGUGUGAUCGUGAGCGCGGUUUUGACUAGUAGAGCCAUCUUCCAGAGGAUGAAGAACUACACAAUCUAUGCCGUUUCCAUUACAAUCCGUAUCGUAAUGGGAUUCAUGCUGAUUGCUCUCAUCUGGGAGUUUGACUUCUCACCAUUCAUGGUGUUGAUCAUUGCCAUCCUCAAUGAUGGAACCAUCAUGACUAUCUCCAAGGACAGGGUCAAACCAUCUCCUACACCCGACUCGUGGAAGUUGAAGGAAAUCUUCAUCACUGGGGUCGUCCUCGGGGCUUACAUGGCGAUUGUGAGCGUGAUAUUUUUCUGGCUGGUCCACGACACGCUGUUCUUCACUGAGAAGUUUGGAGUGAAACCGAUAAACGAAAACGCAAAUGAGUUAACUUCAGCUCUCUACCUUCAAGUGAGUAUCAUCAGUCAAGCACUCAUAUUCGUGACAAGGUCAAGGAGCUGGUCCUUUGUUGAACUCCCUGGUCUCUUGCUUCUUGGAGCCUUCCUCGCAGCGCAGUUGGUGGCUACUUGUAUUGCGGUGUAUGCAAACUGGGGGUUUGCCAGGAUCGAAGGCAUUGGAUGGGAAUGGGCAGGUGUUAUUUGGUUAUUUAGCGUUAUUACAUACAUCCCUCUUGAUAUCCUCAAGUUCAUCAUCCGCUACUCUUUGACCGGCAAAGCCUGGGACAAUCUGCUUCAGAAAAAGGCCGCAUUCACAACAAAGAAGAAUUAUGGAAAGGAAGCGAGGGAGGCACAAUGGGCAGCAGAUCAACGUACCCUUCACGGCCUUUCACCCCCAGAAACCAGCUGGACCAAUGAGAAGGACCACCACGAGUUGUCAGAAAUAGCUGAGCAGGCUAAGAAGCGUGCUGAGAUUGCAAGGCUGAGGGAGCUCCACACACUCAAGGGUCAUGUUGAAUCAGUGGUGAAGUUGAAGGGGAUAGAUAUUGAUACAAUCCAACAACACUACACUGUAUAA